AUGGCGCCGACGUUGUCUCAAAACACCAUUAUUCGUCAUUUGGGUCUCCCGGCGUCAAGAAGAGUCACGCUUCUUCUUAUUCUUUCGCUCUAUCUUCUUGGUCAUGCCACUUCGUCACCGGCGGCGACGUUUAGUGACAAACACAAUAGCGACGUUCUCGAACAUGUUCCAGUUGCUAACCGUACGAGCUUCCCGGCGGGCUUCCUCUUCGGGACGGCGUCGUCGGCUUACCAGUUUGAAGGCGCUGCAGCUGAAGGUGGUAAAGGGCCUAGCAUGUGGGAUGCUUACACUUCCAGAUACCCAGGUAAGAUAGCCGAUCGGAGCAACGGGGAUGUGGCCAUUGAUGAGUACCAUCGAUACAAGGAAGACGUUGCAAUCAUGAAGAACAUGGGGUUAAAUUCUUAUCGAUUUUCUAUCUCAUGGCCUCGUAUUUUACCGAAUGGAACGCUCAGUGGAGGCGUGAAUAAAGAAGGGAUCGCAUAUUACAACAACCUCAUUAAUGAACUUUUGGCUAACGGCAUAAAACCUUUUAUUACCCUCUUUCACUGGGACAUUCCCCAAGCCCUUGAAGACAGAUAUGAGGGCUUCCUUAGCUAUAAAGUUGUGAAAGAUUUUGUUGGGUACGCCGAUGUUUGUUUCGAGCACUUCGGCGAUCGAGUUCAACAUUGGGUUACAUUCAACGAGCCCCUAGCUUACAGUUUGUAUGCCUAUGGCACGGGGAUGAUGGCACCUGGCCGGUGUUCAAAAUGGAUGAACUUGAACUGCACCGGGGGAGACUCAGCCACUGAGCCAUACAUAGUUGCACACAACCUCCUCCUUGCUCAUGCAGCGACCGUAAAGUUGUAUAUAGAGAAAUAUCAAGCAAAACAAAAGGGUAAGACUGGCAUUGCCCACGUGUCGCAAUGGGGUAUUCCUCUCUCCGAUUCAAAGCAAGAUCACAAGGCUACACGACGGGGAAUGGAUUUCAUGCUCGGAUGGUUCAUGGAUCCAUUGGCCACAGGAAACUAUCCACGAUCGAUGAGAGCUAUCGUGAAGAAACGAUUGCCCAAAUUCUCAAAGGAGGAAUCCAAGAUGUUGAAAGGCUCCUUUGAUUUUGUGGGGUUGAACUACUAUACGACUUUCUAUGUUUCCAAUGCACCACCUUCCAACCCUCUAUUCUCAAGCUCAACGACUGAUUCUCGAACCAAUGCUUCACCUGCGAAGAAUGGUGUCCCCAUCGGCCCAAAGAGAGGGCUAUCUUGGGAGUACAUUUACCCCAAAGGAAUUAGAGAUGUUGUGCUCUACACAAAGAAGAAAUACAAUAACCCACUAAUUUACAUCACAGAAAAUGGCAUGAGCGAGGUCAACAACAAAACAUUAAGCCUCACGGAAGCUCUUAAUGAUACCUUGAGAGUGGACUUCUAUCGUCAGCAUCUCGCUUAUCUCAAUAGUGCAAUCAAGGAUGGUGCAAGGGUGAAAGGGUAUUUUGCUUGGUCAUUGUUCGACAACUUUGAAUGGACGAUGGGCUACUCGGUUCGAUUUGGCAUUAAUUACGUGGACUACAAAAAUGGGCUCAAACGAUAUCCUAAGCAAUCUGCCCUUUGGUUUCAAAGAUUCCUGAAGAAUAAUGAUCAAUAA